CACAAGUUGUUAGUAGCAUUUUUUCCAGGUUGCUCAUGUCACGUGACAAUAAGUGGGCGCGUCCAAGUGUCAUUUCCGGAAACAUGGAGGCUGUGUUGAGCGAUGUAGUAGCGCCAGAGGACCUCCUAAAAUUUGAGAAGAAAUACAACAAUGAGCUGGCGAAAGGAGCUGUGUCCAAAGAUACAAAGUUUGAAUAUGCCUGGUGUUUAAUCAGGAGCAAAUACACGGAUGACAUCAAGAAAGGGAUUGUGUUGUUGGAGGAACUUGUCCAGAAAUCCUCAAAAGAUGACACACGUGACUUCCUGUUCUACCUUGGCGUGGCCAACUACAGACUGAAGGAGUAUGAAAAAGCACUGAAGUACAUCCGGACUCUCCUGAGGAACGAACCUGGCAACAAGCAGGCUUUGGAGUUGGAAAAGCUCAUUGAUAGGGCUUUAAAAAAAGAUGGCUUAGUCGGCAUGGCGAUCGUCGGGGGAAUCGGCCUGGGUGUGGCUGGAUUAGCUGGGCUCAUCGGUCUAGCGGUGUCAAAGGGAGCAUCCAAGUCUUGAGCACGGGACCGCGUGUAGCCAUUAAUGCUGGACUUACACAUUCAAUAUUAAAACAAGAAAACAAAUCUAAUCUAAAAUAUAUAUAAUAUUUACACCUUGCUAUACAUGCUAAACAACAUGACCAUUCUUGGCGAGCCCUAACAGGCCACUUAUGUACAUAAAAGUAUUGAAAUUGCAGCUUUGUUUAUGACACGGUAUUCUUACUUCUAAUCCAUACGUGUAAGAAGAUGUCACAUCUGUUAGGUAUGCAAGGGAGCACUUACAGGAAGUAAGUUUGAUUUCUAUUUAAUUGCAUGGUUUCCACCAUCAUAACAAAUAAACUCAUUUUGAACAGAAAUUCCAUAUUGACUCAAGAAGUGAUUCCCUGGUUUGGAAUACUUUUAUCCGCGUAGCAAAGUCCAGCAACACCGAUUUCACCUUAUCGACGUUGUGGAAAUUUUGGCAAGUACAUUGUGAUCUUUCAUGAUGCGGUUAAGGCUCCACAAUAACAGUAAAAGCACACUCACAUCCUGGCCUACUUCACUCCUCGUCAAUCAAAGUUGAGAUCCAAUAUGGACACGCUGCUUUAUGAUAGCGUGUUUGUGUGUGUGUUGGGUUGGGGGUGUUAUGGUUAUCGGCCUCAUGGUGCGUUACACAUUAACUCACCUGACAGGACCGAAACUCCCCGGGACCAACCAAUAAUCUUGGUGUCAAAGGGGUGAUUGAGAGUAUCCAAGAUGACACGUGCAUCCCGAAACAUUUUUAACAAAUGUUCUUUUAUUUCAAUAUACAUUUUGGAAAUGCUUAUUGCCUUUUAUUACAAUUACUUAAACCGUAAAAGUCCACAUGCAUCCCUCCUUACUUUUUUUUUAUACUUUAUUUUUAUAUUUUUCUAAACAAAACGUCAACAGAAAUAAAAACACACUCAAAAACAAAAAGGGGGCACUGGACAUACACAGCACACAAUUUGGUUAUCCCACAUUCCCUGUCAUGGUGCAAUUCGAGUAAUUUCCUUGAUUUUUGUCCGUGAAUAGUGUCCAUUUCACCCAUUUUUCUCCACACAUGUCUUCUCCAGUACUCAAUCUAUGUGUUAACAGUUCCAUGUCAUGUAUUGUGUUCAUCACACAAAGCCAGUCCUCCAAUAUUUGGGGUCUUGGGUUAAGCCAUUUUUUGGUAAUGGCUUUUUUUUUUACAUGCUACCAACAUGAUUUUAUACAGAUACCUAUCUUUUCUUAACAUAAGAAAAGCCAGAACACAUGCGAAUGAAUGGUUGACAUGGACUGUACCACACUGACGCCAGCAUGGCUGGGUGACCUUAACAUAUUUUUGUUUAAUUUCUGGUGUAAUGAAAAAUCUAAUUAUAUUCUUCCAGCAAUGCUCCCUCCAGACCUGAGAUGAUGUUGUGGUGUUUUGGGUCAUAAUCAUAACCCAACCAUUCAGUUUCUGUAAUGUUUGUUUUGAGCUCUUUUUCCCCAUUUUUCUUUAAUAUAAUGAGUAUUUGCCUUUCCCUCCAUUAAAUUUUUAUAUAGUGUGGAUACAGUAAACCUCGAAUAUAUCGGAUUCAAUUGUUCCCACUGGUUUUGUCCGAUAUAAGCGAAAUCCGUUAUAUGCGUAUAUCGGAAAAUGUCCGUU